AUGUGGCAGUACUCUACUCUAAUGUGGCAGUACUCUACUCUAAUGUUGCAGUGACCUCCCGCCGCCUCACUCAUCACUCGCACUCGUCGGCUGGAAUGUCCAUUCUCCAUGCUCUAUGUAGACCACAAACCACAGGCCACAAGACAGCGGCCGCAUGCGACAACAUUCUCUCUCUCCCCAUCCCCCACCCCCAACUCACAGACCGCAUUCCGGCGCGAGUAUAGCCAGCGCAACCCCAGAGCAAUAUGUAACCCCUCCGUCACCACGGCCGCCCACAGGCCAUAAAACCUGCGCUCCGCUCCCACCGCCUCCUCCGCCCCCUCCGCUCCGCUAGCCACGCUCUUUGGCAACUUGCGACACCCAGCAUGUACUCAUUUCUCGUUCCCCUAACCCUCUGCCUCCUUCUGGGCCUCCCCGUCCACGCGCAAAUCGACGGAAACCACCCUCCGAUCGCGCCUCUCGCCGGCACCUACAGCUGCGCACCCACGCCGCCGUCCCCGCCGUCCUCGCGCCUCCGCCCUCCACCGCCACUCGCAAACUUCACCUCCGUCCUGACACAACUCCACCGCUCCGCGCAGCUCGGCGACUCCGUGCUCGCGUCGCGCAAGCGCUGCUGGCAGAACCACGAUGUGAGGGGGUGUACUACUGUCGCUAGCAGUGACGACGACGGCGUGGGGGAAAGGAUUGAUGUCUGUGGACAGCCGUAUGAGAGCAUGCUCUGUGGGGAUGUGGCCACUGUGGCUGAGAGGAUCGUCGAUAUGUGUCCCCAUGGCGGCACAUGGACGGUGCCGGAUCCGUAUCAGGGGGGGACUUUUGUGGUCGAGGUUUAUGAGGGCGGGGUGGGGGGCGGGGGGGAUGUGUAGUGAUGGGGAGGGGGAGGCGAGGGGGGCG